UCGAUCGAUUUCGGUUGUGUAAUUGCCUCAUCACCAUCAAAAAAGGGCCUCAUUUAGUAAGAAUAAUAAUUAGCUAAUGGCGGGGCACAUGCUCUGUCCAAACACCUUUUAGUAUUAAGCAGACAUGUCUCGCAUUCGCUUUAUCUUGGCUGUAGUCAAAGCUUUUAGAUUUCCUCUAUUUAUUCUAGGCUUUCUGCAGCUUGGAAAGUCCAGGAAGGCAAAUCGCAACUGCUGCAGAUAUGCCUCGACCAUUUGCAUUACGUUAAUCCUGUGCAUUCAUAAACAAAUAAGUGUGAUGGUGGAAAAGGAGAACGAACUGGUGAAUACCCUGAACAUUGAGUUCCGACCCCUCAGAAAUAGGUUGGACUUGGUGAGCGAAACCACUCACAGCAUAUAUUUUUUUGUGACCAUGAUUUGGUCAGUGAUGAAUAGAGAUCAAUUGCGGAAACUAGUAGACGAGGCACAGUUGGCCUACAAGAGAUUAAGAUCUCUGCUUGGGGAACAUCUAGCAAUGGAGUGCUCUUGGCUCGCUUUCAUCUAUGGAAUAGUUUUGAUCCUGCUGAUAGCCACUUUUGUGGCUAAAACUUUUUAUUUUGACUUUCCACAUCUGAAAGGUGAUGCCAAAACUUAUACUUUGAGCGAGCUGUUCGAAUUGAUAGACUAUCUAGUGGGUCUGGCCCGGCAUGUUUUCGUCUUGAUUAUGGCGCUCCAUGUUCUGUAUCACCUGAUAUGUGCCGGGUGGCUGCGAUCCCUAAAAGAUCUGAGACUCCAAAGGAAUCUGAAAUGGUUUCAGUUCCAGCUGCAUAGUCUUCUUCCCUUUCAGAAGUCAGUUAAUGUCGUGGCUGGUUCAUAUUUUAAAAUGACUUACACCCUGUUCAUGUUCAUUGUGGGACUUCGGCUUGCGGACUUUCUUCAGUUUUGUAGCUUUAAAGCCCAUGAAGUCGUGCAACAACUGAAGACCCAAGACGACCUGGAAGAUGAAGCUGCUUGGGAUGGCCAGGAUAUUAGUAAAAUACACUGCACGCAAAGCCGUGCCAGAGCAUCCUUUCUUUUGCUGUCCUGGCACUUGGCCUUGUGGAUGCUUUUAAUUGCCGCAGCUAACUGCCAGCAGAGGGAGUACCUGUGCCUAAUUCGGGAGACAUGGAGAGCUGAAUUCGAUGGUAAAGAUAUGGAGGCGAAGAAGCUCGUUGCAUCAAAAUCCGCGAACGGACUGUCCUUUAAAAAAUUGGAUAUUAUUGAUUUGAUGUUUCUUUCGGGAAUCUCUAUUUCGGAGCGACAACCGUUUUCUUUCUGCUUUUUGACAGACAAGCUGGGGAAAAGGAAUCCAGCCUAUCUCGAUUUGGACUCUGUAGCCGGCCAGUUUAAACAUCUCUUGAAUCUGGCACUUUGGGCGAGCAUUGUUUACUUUGCUCAGCAAAUGGAAAUUAGGCAUUUGCAGACUCACUUCAAACAGGAAGCCUAAUAAAGUUAUCGCACGCAACU